UGUACACUCAACGCCAAGUUCCUCAAAAGUAUCACAACAAGUGUACGUAUGUGUGUGUUGAAGUGAAGCUCAAAUGUCUCACUUUCUUCUCACUUUCUUCUGUCCAGGACCAUCCACGGUCUGAUCUACAACGCUCUGAAGCUCUUCAUGGAGAUGAACCAGAAGCUGUUCGAUGACUGUACACAGCAGUUCAGGGCUGAGAAAAACAAAGAAAAGGCAAAGUCUAAAGAACGCGAGGAGGCUUGGAUUAAGAUCGAAAACCUUGCCAAAUCUAAUCCACAGUUCUCUUUGUAUGUUGAUUCCUCUGACCUCAAUAGUCCUGUAGCAAUGGAGACGGAUGUCCCGUUGAUAGAAGAUGUUCAGAGGUUAAAAAAGACAGUUGAGGAGGGCGCCACUCAGUUGCAGCUGGAGCAGAGGAAAGAACGGCCCAUGGUGCGGCGUAAGUCCGAGCUGCCUCAGGAUAUCUACACCACAAAAGCCUUGGAGUCCCACCGUAGAGCUGAAGAAAUGCUGACCACCCACGACGGACUCUAGGUGGCGCUGUCUCCGUGUUCGACGCCCCUCCUCCCAUGCCCGACAGCCAUGAACUCUGUGUGUCGCCAUGGUUACGCCAUGAUGGUGGCCUGGCUCCGCCCUCCUUAGUUCGUUUCAUUCCUGCAGUUUGGACCCCUUACUCAGACUUUCUCAGGUUUUUUUCUGUUGGAGAGGAGGCUCGUGUUGGUUGUUUAGCCCUUGCCAUAUUCACUGUGUUGUUUGCUCCGAUGUUCUCCUCUGAGGGGCACUGUUUACCCGACAGUAGGGUCCUGGCAACUGGAGAGCUUUAGUCUUUUUUUAAAAGAACAUUUGGGACAGUGUAGUGUGCAUACCAGACCAGAGGGUGACAGUGUUUUUUUCUAUAGCACAAUAGUGUACGCUCAGAAUAAGCUCCUGAUACACUUGAGGGCCUUUUAUAAGUGGACACCUGAAUGCUGAAAACUGGUGCAUUGUUUUAUUAAUAACUCCUCACUAUGGUUGUAAGUAAUUAUUAAGUAAUAAAUAAAAUAAUUUAAAUUAG